UUCACAUUACAACGAGCAAUUAGCUAGGGGAACCAAAAUCAAAACAACCAAAGACCCCUAAUUCCCACGUAAUUUAUGAAUUUCAAGACUAAUCGUAAUAAUUAACCCAUGCAUUUAUCGUGAUAAUCAAAAUCCCCAGAAUACCCCUCCGUUUUCCGGUUACUUGGGUUGGGGGAAAAAGGAAAUGCCGACCGUGGCGGUGAAGCUCUACAGCGUCUUCUUCAAGUUUCUAUUGAAGCAGCGUUUGCAGAAUCGGAUCCAAGACUCGCUUCAAGAAUCCGACCCGUUCGGAGUCACGUCCAGGCCCGGCGAAUCCGUCGCAGCCGCAAACCCAUCCUUCUCCGACGGCGUCGCCACCAAGGACAUUCACAUUGACACCUUCACGUCCCUCUCCGUACGAAUAUUCCUACCCGAGUCAGCACUCGCCGAACCCGAACUUGCACGAGGUUCAAAGCCUCACCAUCUCAAAUCCAUAACUGACUCUACAAACAAAUUAGCUCAGGCAGGACCUGGAUUAAUCCGCGCCGAAAAGGCGUCGCUCGCGUCGCGGCGAGCGGGGGCGACGCCGAGGGAGGAGCCUCGACGGAACAGCCUCGGCCCUACGGGAGAGGGAUUGAGCUCCGCAUCCGGUGGCGGAGGGUACCUUGGAUACUCGCCGGCGCCGGGAGGCCGCCGGAGAAAGCUGCCGGUGAUUGUGCAGUUUCAUGGAGGAGGUUGGGUGAGCGGGAGUAGUGACUCGGUGGCGAAUGAUUCUGCAUUCGAGGACGGGUUCAAGGUUCUGAAUUGGCUGGCGAAGCAGGCGAAUUUGGCGGAGUGUAGCAGGUCCAUGGAGGUUAGGAAGUUGGAUGCUCACAAGGCUAUUGUUGAUUCGUUUGGAGCUGCGGUUGUGGAGCCAUGGCUCGCUGCUCAUGCAAAUCCAUCGAGGUGUAUUCUUCUAGGUGUGAGUUGUGGUGCAAAUAUUGCCGACUAUGUGGCUCGAAAAGCUGUAGAAGCCGGCAAACUUCUGGACCCUGUCAAGGUGGUAGCACAGGUCCUGAUGUAUCCAUUUUUCAUUGGAAGUGUGCCCACUCAUUCUGAAAUAAAGUUGGCAAAGUCUUACUUUUAUGACAAGGCUAUGUGUAUGUUAGCAUGGAAACUUUUCCUAAACGAGGAAAAAUUUAACCUCGACCAUCCAGAAGCCAAUCCCCUUGCCCCAGGCCGGGGUCCUCCCUUGAAGUUGAUGCCUCCAACAUUGACAGUGGUAGCGGAACUUGACUGGAUGAGGGACCGAGCCAUCGCUUACUCGGAGCAGCUCAGGAAAGUGAAUGUUGAUGCGCCUGUUCUGGAGUAUAAAGAUGCAGUCCAUGAAUUUGCAACGCUUGAUGUACUUAUCAAAACCCCAGAGGCCCAGGCUUGUGCUGAGGACAUCGCCAUCUGGGUCAAGAAAUAUACCUCACUUAGGGGUCACGAAUUCUCGUAUUGAGUAUGAUAUCCCAUAUUAAGAUGCUGAUCAGUGAGAAAAUAUUGACCUUGUUUUCGAAAUUAGCUUUAGAUAUCUCUUGCGCUACCAAAUUAAUUGGGGGUUUGGUGGCAUAUUAGUUAAUUUGUUUUAAUGCUUAUGUCCUGCCGUCCUAGGUGUUGACAGGUUCUAUGUUCAAUCCACCUGUUGUUGCUUUUUUAUAAGAUAGAGUUAUCUGAGAGUGGGAUUAGUUGAAUCAGUGAGAUGCAUUUAUCUCAUGCACACAACAGUUGGAAGCCACCCAGUUCAUUUUUCCCCUGUAUUAUGAUGUACUAUCUUAUGGAAGGGUAUAAAGGGUAUAAAAUUUAGUGCAAUGCUCCUUUAGCAUAAGUAUGACAAUG